CUGCAAUCCGUCGAGCAUGAGCCAGACGACUUCCCAGAUGCUCCCUGAUGCGAUGGGGUCCGGAUCCAAGAUGCCCCUUUAUUCGUGGGAUCAACCUGUCUCUCGCGCCCCUUUAUCGCCACGCGUGCGACCGGCGCAAAUGGCCAACUUUUGGGCCACUCCGCAGUUGACUUCGCUGCUUUCUGCGACCUCUUAUCCUGUGCCUGAACCGGUGCACUCCCAAGAUCAUCUCCCUCCGGCUGAUCAGGAGCCUGUCCCUCUCUUGGGUGGCGUCGUGAUCGAUAGUUCGUCGUCUGGCAUUGUUGACGAUGACCUUCUGUCCCACCAUGAGGAGGACAGCCGGGCCUCCGUGUCGCCAGACACAUCGCAUUCAGACCAAUCACAGACUGCUGCUCACAGACCCUCGAAGCGCCAACGCAUGUCCAACCCCAAUGGCGAGGCCGUGAGGAAACGCGGUCGGCCGCGGAAGCCCAUCGAUGGCGCGAAAGGGGAGGAUCCCGAAGAGCGAAGGCGCAUGCAAGUCCGCAUGGCCCAACGGGCGUACCGGUCUCGCAAGGAGGCCAGCAUCUCGUCGCUCAAGAGUCGCAUCACACACCUGGAGACAACAGUGGAGCGGAUGAAUACGGCGGUGCUUUCGUUUGGGGAUGAGUUGGUGCACUCGGGGGCCCUCGAAUCGCACCCGGAUUUGCUCCAGCCGCUUCGUGAUACCGUCCAGAAAUGCUUGGUCAUGCCCACGGCUGGUACCGGUUCAGGCUCAGCUGCUCAUACGCAAGACAGCAACACGACUAUGCCUUCAUCCGCAGCCCUACACUAUCUCCUACCCCCCUCAGACCCAGGAGCAGGGCACAGUCCCCCCUUUGGCUUCACGACCACCGGUCCGAACGACGCCAACUGGUCUAUCUACCGGUCGCCUUCGUUUUCCAGCUCAUCUGAAAUCGUCGACACCAUGGAGAUCCCCGACUUCAUUGAUCAGCUACACGUUGCCUGUCGCUACCAGGCGUACUUACUCGCCGCAAACACGUCGGUCCCCAUGCGACGCAUCGAAGCCCCAUUCCGCAUGCUGCUCAGCAUCAUGCCCAGAGCGUCCAUCACGGCAUACUUUAAAGACUGGCUGUUGGCGAGGGCCAACAACAAGCCGCUCACCCAAUGGGACCAUGUUCCCUAUUUCUGUGUCGGCGGCGCGGGAACCCAUUACCACCUGGGCAGCGAGACCAGUUACUCCCCCAAACGACCUGCGCUGCCUCACCAGACAUGGUCUAGCGAACCGGAACCGCUGUCGCGCUUCCCAACCGAUAUCCAGGAGGACCUAGACGAGGACUGGUUCGACCUGCAGGACCUCGAGGGAUUCCUUCGCGCAAAGCAUGUGACUCUCCCAACCUGUCCGCCGUCCGACAUCAAAAUCGGGCCUCUGGAACGAGGGCCUCUCGCCAACACCGCCGCCAAUGUCACCCGGUUGAUCCAAUCACUGAUCAGCAGAGCAAUGUGUCUAGGACGCUCUCCGGGAUUCCGCCGUAAGGAUGUAGAAAGCGCCCUGGCGGAUUUCCGGAAUGCGUCCCUCAGCAUAAUGUCUUUCUAAAUUGCUACGUCUCCGUCGAGCAUGGCGGGGCACCUUGCGCGUAGGUUGGAGAAUCAGUGCCUGCAUCGGCGGAGUUUCCAAGGUUCUUGAGAGAUCUUCUGUUUAGGCGCGGAGAGAUAUAUAGGUCUGUCUAUAUAUCUACCUACGCACCUUUAGUUUUGAUAUACGCGCAUAUUUUCAUCGGGGGAUAGGAUUGAUAGGAUAUUUCGGUGUCCACGCAGCUCGAAGGAGACCAUUAAGGUCACUUUCCCUCCUUGUAACUGCUAAUCUGAAGUAAUAAUUUGCUGCCAUAUGA